GUUGCGAGCCAUGGUUGCGCGGAAGAGCGCCGCGGGCCUGGGGCCCCUCGCCUUCCUGGGACGCGGCCUACGUCAGCUUCUGGACCCGACGCCAGCGGGCUUUGUACGCCUGCUGCUCGCCGUCUUCUUCCUGGGGGGCCUGGCGGUGGUCCGGCAGCACGCCAGCAUGGCCGUGUCCUCCCUGGACGACGAGCCUCUGCUGCCUCUGGCCCUGCGCGGGGGCCUCCGCGUGAAGGGCCGGGGCUCGACGACCACGACGCUGACCGAGGUCAUCCCCGCGACUCCGGGGGGCAAGCUCGUAUGGCAGCUGCGGCGCAGCCUGGCCGGGUGGGUCAGGGACGUGGCCACCUUCCAGGAGGUGUACGCCAUGGAUGUGCUCAAGCACUGGUUCCAUCAUGCCCGAAUCUCUGAGGUCGCCGCGCUGCUGCGGAACUUGACCGACAGCGACACUUCGGCGGGCUGGGCUACCUGCGCAAUCGAGGGUGAGAGCUGCAAGUGCCCGAGUCAGCAGAUCCGCUAUGGACACACUGAGAAAACUUGGUUGUCCAAGGAUGGGGUCCGCGAGAUCCCCUGUACUCUCAAAGCCUGGGGUGGUGUAGAUGUGGCCGUUGGUAUGAUCAAGCAGUGCCAGUGUUACGAAAAGAUGGGGGAUAACGCUGGCAUCCGCGAAUUAGUGAACGAGAGCGCGUUGCAGAUCACCCUGGACGUGGCGCUGGAAGAAGCUCAGGCUGAAGGCGCCAAAGACUCAGACGGGCCGUCUUCUGGCGAAGCUGGCCACUAUGGCCACGUUGCGCCCGAGGGUAACCUGUGGCUGCUGAAGGAGCACGUCGCCUCCUGGAUCGAGGAGCCCGCCGUGUAUCGCCAGCUGGUCGAGGCGGCCAGGCUGUAUUACUGGCUGGAGAACACCCGCGACACGGCGAGGAUCACGGUGUCGGUGAUGAAGGCCGCCGCCCCGGCGAUGAAGGAGGACGCCCCGUGCGAGAACGGGCAGAAGGAGGACCCCGAGGACUGCCCGGGGUACGGGGACUACCACUGCCGGGCCGCGUGCGCCCCCAGCCACGCCUUGCGCGCCCCGGCCGAGAGAGCCGCGCUGCCCCGCGGUGGCCUCUGCGGCGGCUUCGUGGAGCACGACCUGCUCUGGUCGUGCCAGAGCUCCUCAAGGCCACGCGUGCCCGCCGCGGGGCACGCGCACGCCGAGGCCCAGGGGGUCCUGGACACGGCGGCCGGCGCCAUCUGCGGCGACCCAAAGACGCGGGCGCUUCUGGACGUCUACAUCGACUGCGAGUUUCUCCCCCAGUACCUGCGGUGGACCUCAGACGAGACCGAGUGGAUCGACGAGGCGUACGUCACCUACGUUGCCGGCCAACGGGACUCGAAGUACGAGUGGCAGGCAGUGAAUUUGGUGCGAUCCGUGGACGUCUUCUCCUCUCGGCCCAUCAUAGUGGUUGUGUACAACUUUGAGGGCUCGUACUUUGUUCCACCGAUGUGGCCGGUAGACUUUAAUAAGAUCCGGGCGAUGAUUGCCACGCGCGUUCGCUACGGUAUCGAGCUCGACACAGAUCAGAUUAUAGCUCCUGGCUUCGAUGACCUCUUCGCGGGGACACGCAGGGAGAUCACAGCCCACUUCCCUUGGCCACUCAUGCCGGUUCAUUGGAUGUCCCGUGACGCGAAAAAGGGAGAGCCCUACCACGAGUAUGCAUACCCUAUGUCGGCUUGGGGGGGCCAGAGAACCAUGCGUUGGGGUCACGCACAUCCUUCGUGGUCGUACUGGGCUUUGGCUUUUCUCUGUGACAUGCUGUACGAGAGGUUCAAGGCUGCGCAAGCAGGCAAGUCUGUAAUAAAAGUAUGGAACUUGAAAGCUGCUAUUGCAGAUGGGCUCUUGACUGUCUUUCGGCAACGCAAUCAGAUCGAUCGGGAGGUGCGUUUCGCACAGUUCAUGCAAGAGGACGAGGACAUGCUUAAUAUUGCGCUCUGGCGCGACGACGUCACCAAGCAGUGGUGCAAGUAUGACCUCGAAUUUGGUUUGUUCGCCCAGGGCAAGGACAUGGACAGGACACUUUACUGGGAUGCCAGCUGGUACCCUGAUGGCCUUCCAAUAAUCUUUACAUCCAUGCACAACACUAAGAGGUUCGAGGAAACGGAUUGGCUGCUCACCAUGAUUGCUCUUUGCCACCGGGACAAGCCCACUCUGUCGUGCCCGAAGCGGGGCAUGCCCAGCUACUGCAAAGCAGGCUCCUCGGACGAACGCAAAUUGCGGCUAACGCCGAAACAGUAUUCGCAGAGUAUAUGUUGCUGCUUCGACCCACGGCAGGCACAACUCGUGUACUGGGGAGGGUACUGGUAUGACAACAGUAGCGUGACGCCCUUGCAGAAGCCACAGGGCAAGAAG